GCCACUCCGUCUUGUGUUACACAUUCCACGCAAUGGCGUCCUCUCCUCUGGCACCAACCAGGACCUGCUCGCCCCUAGUGCCCAAGCUGCCCCGCCGCCCCUCGCUCCCAUCCCCGUGUAGGUCUCCCCGUCGCAGUGCACGGUGGCCGCGCUUGGCGUCAGUCAGAGCGACUCCGGACAGCAGCUGGACCGCGGCAGCGACGGAGGAGCAGAAGGAGCGGAAGAGGUGCCUGAGAUGCGGCGGCUCUUACCGAGACGAGGAGAACCACCCGACCGCCUGCGCCUUCCAUGGCCACGUCACAGGCGAGAAGGGGCUGUUCUCCCUGUCGCCGCCGCACCAGGGCAUCGACGGCGAGUGGAGCGACAAGAGCGGGGUCAUCGUGUACCGCUGGAACGACGAGGGGAGCCGGCCCAACACAGGCCGCGCUAACUGGAAGAGGCGCUGGAGCUGCUGCCAGGAGCGCGAGGAGGACGCGCCGCCGUGCCAGCGCGGGUGGCACGUCUCCUACGACGACGGCUACACCCUCUUCUAGGUCUCCCUCUACCCGUGGCCGUGGGGAGCAGCAGGAGAUAUAAUAUAAGGU